GCGAGUGGAUCCAAAGCCGGCAGCCGCCGCCCAACCGACCCGCGUUCCACCAAGGCUCACCGCCAAGACGUGGCCAUGCCCAAACGGGCUUUGAUCAUCAAACGCAAGUGGGCCGAGCUCAUUCUUUCAGGCGAAAAAACGUGGGAGGUUCGCGGGGAGCCGACCACGAAGCGGGGAAGGAUUGCGAUCGCACAAGCUGGUUCCAAACAAUUGGUGGGGGAAGUCACCCUGGCCGAAUGCUUUCUCAUCGGUGAGCAACCUUCACCUGGCGUUUGGGUUUCCACGGGCCCUCCUUCGCAGUACAUUUGGGCACCCGACAACGCAAACAAGCAUUGCAUUACUGACCAAUCGUCGGUGAACUACAAGAAAGCCUAUGCGUGGGUCAUGGAACAUGCGCGCAAGUAUCCUGCGCCGCGGCCGUACACCCACAAACCAGGCUGCAUGAAGUGGGUUAAGCUGGAUGGCGGUAGUGUGGCCCAAUUUUCAGCCGGCGCAACCAGCGCGGCAGGCAACCCUUUGUGGUGCGACGCAGUGGAUUCCGACUCCACUGGAUCUGUUUCUGUCACCUCGGCCGCUGCUUCCGCUCCAGUGGUAUUUUGCGACGAUCAUUUCCAUUUUGAGUCUUCGCCAAGCCGGCUGCUUUCCCCGAAUCGAACGCCCGCUUCGACAUUGCUCGGCGCCAGUUACCCCGGUUCUCCGCGCCUGCGUGCUCCUCACAGUCCAACUGUUACUGUUGGGGAGGUUCCGGCGAUUUCACUGUCAGCGGCCCUCCUUCGUGACGAUGCUUCUGAUUCUAGUUCUGAUGCCUGGGCAGACACGUUUUUGGCUUUUCUUUCUUCCAACUGCAGAGCUUCCUCGUUCUUUCAGGCGUUGCAAAACGCGUGUGGCUUGCGUUCUGCUUGCUUGGCAAAGACUUGCGCGCAGCUGGCUUUAACUUCGUCUGCGUGGCAUUGCUUCUUCUCCCAUCCAAAACGCUUUUCUUCUGAGCUUCCUUUCUCCUUCAUUCAAGACGUCCACUCCCACCUUUCGUGUGCGCCGCUACUGCUUUGGAUCCUUCCGGCCGGUGAUCUGCUUCUCUUGUCGGAUGGUUCGAGCCGUAUGAAGCAUCUUUGUGGUCGGGGGCUCUCGCAGCUUGCUCUUGUGUUGGCUCCUGCAGAGCCUGUAGACCUUUUGAUCCUGGACAGCAACAGUUGUUUGUUCCACGUCUCCAGCUUCCACACCUUCCAGCGAAUUGAAUGGGGCGCCGCAUUGCUCCGGCUUAAGAACCCAAAUUGUUUCCUGUUCGUUUUCAUCCAUUCGACCAAGCAUUUUUUGCAAGCGCUCUUGCGCGUUCCAGGUUCCACUGGUCACGCCGAGGCUUGGCUAGGCCGGGCGCAGCCCACGGCUCAUGCAGCGUGCGUGGCGACCGUUCCAUUGAACCUGGCAGAACCCACGCUCACCGAGCGGCUCAGCCGUGAAGCGCUGACAGUUUUUACGCCAUGCGAGUUACUCACUUCCUCGCCAGACGCUGCCAGUUGCACAGCGGGUGCGUCGGGCCCUGCGCAAAUGGAAGACGACUCAGCCAAUGCCUGUAUAGCCUCGCCGGGCAAUUUGCUUCGGGGUACACCUGAAGACUUCAACCGAGCUUUUGCAGACGUGUACCGCAAAGAUCCAGAAAGAGCAAAGCUGAUCUCUCGAUACAUCCUUGCCGACCUUGCCCCCUUCCCACAUGAGCAGCUGAAAAAUGCCUUGCCGGACGUCUAUUCAAUGACAGACAACCUUGCCCAAAAAGCGGGCUGCCCCUUUGAAUGGGCUUUCCUCCUUUUUCUACCCGUUCUUGGCACUGCGUGCUCCAAAGCCAGGCUGUUCAUCAACGAAUUUUUCCUCGUGCCGCCGCUGCUUUGGUUGGGCUUAUGCCUCGACAGCGGCGCCAACAAAAGCGGCAUCAUGACAGCCUUGGCAGACAUCGUCUCUGGCUUUGAAAAGGAGUUGCUCCAAAAGGCGCUGGACGAAGCUCGUAAGGAAGCGCAGCUGGCAGAAGAGGAGGAGGAUGCACACGGUGCGGAGCCAGAUGAGCCUUCGUCAAAAAAACGCAAGACCUCCUUGUCGAAAGCAUUGGCGGCCAUCCACAACAACAAGCCCGCCUUGUUUUCCGACGAAGGCUCGUUGCCCGCCAUUGGCAUGCAAAUGGCGCACAACGGGCACCGGGCUAUUGGAUUAUAUGAUGAAGGCCGGUUCCUUCUCCGAGCGCUGGCCAACGGAGAAGGUUCCGGAUUUAAUGCCUCCACUAUGUCCAAGCUCUUUAAUGGCUCCAUUUGGAAAAGGACGGUUGUGAAGGAUAACAACCGCUUCUCCAUGCACCAGACAUGCCUUUGUUUAGCAAUGACUUUCCAUGUCGAGGAAUGGCAUGACUUUCUGGCCAAAGAUGGUGCCUUGGGCAUGCAAAGUCGGUUUCUCAUGUUUCACAGCAGCCCCCGCCUCGAGAAAGCAGACGCAGUCCUCGAACCUGCGGUGUAUUCCACGGGGGCUGCGCGCUCUCGAGGUGCGCCGGUCCUUCCAGCUUCAUUGCUCACCCAGUUUGUUUCUGUCCUCACAAGAAUCGAAAACGUUCACACUGCAAAUGCUCCUGAUUUUGAUGCGUCGCGGGAAUUCAUUCCAUAUUUCUUUGCCCCCGAUGCCUUGGAUUAUUUUCGAGAGCACUACGACGCCCAAGUUCUCACGCAAGAACAAUCAUACUUGCAGGACCCAAAGCUUUUCAGCCAUGCCGGCAAACUGAAAUCACUUCCCUGGCGUUUGGCUCUGUUGUUGCAUUCUUGGGCGCGUGCGUGUUCUGCCGCCGAUCAGUCAGGCACGGCUUGGAGCAGAGAGCUUUCUCGCGAAGUCGUGGAGCCGGCUAAAGCUAUUUUCGAUUAUUUGUCCUUGCAGUCUCAACUGCUCGCGCCGGGAUCCAACCUCGUCAGCACCUUGGACACGCACGACUUGCGCGAGCUUGCUGCGCAGAGGUAUCCGUAUCUUAUCACUUUGAUCGAAACCGACCUCUCCCAACUGCUCGCGAACAGCUUGGCGGAGUACGCAGAAUCCUGCCUAACGGUGACCGCGUCUAUCUCCAGUCUGUAUGCUGCCGACUUGAAGGUCCUGUUGCCGCCCGAUUUCGAUGUCCCGCGCAUGGAGCAGUGCUUGCAGCUGCUCACGCAAUACGCCACUGACGCCCGCCCUUUCGAGCACAGUGCCAAAAUUCUGAAUGUCAAAUCCCAGCGCGUGGCAGCCAAGCAGGUAGCGCCUAACAAUCCUCCUCCUCCGCCUCCAGGAACCGAGAUGUUAGCCGGGGCCACCCACAGCGACGCGUGCUCUUCGUUGAUGUACCCAGGGUCCCUCAGUUUGUUGCCUGCUUUCGUUCUCGCGUUCCACCACGCGGAUCCUGCAUGUCGAGCGUCUGUGGCGCACGCAUUGCUGCAACAACAAUGUUUCCAUCUUCACCUGUCUGAAAGGGACUGCGACUUUAUUCUUGGCAAGCUUCUCCGACGUGCCCCGCAUUGGCUUGGAGCUGAGUGCCACUUGCCAAAGCACAUUCCCACGAGAUGCGUUCAACCAGACGUGAAACAUUGUCUGACGUGCCACGCACAUCUCAAAUGUGCCGCCGCUCGCGCAGUGCCUUGUGCGCUUGGCUUGCAUUGCGUGGAACAGGUCCUGCUCCUCAGCUACUCUUGCUGCUCCUGCAGUCGCUCUUAUUUUGGACCGUGGGUUGAGGGCAAAGAUGCAACUGGUGCGCGGGCUAGGAUGCUAGUGCAAGACAACCCACGCUACUUCUGCAUCACGCAAAACAUCGUCUUUGCGACAGCUUUCUUGGACCAAGUCACCGACAUUCUGCUUCAUUGCGGCGGUUCUUUCCGAGGCAUUGUGAAUGUGCUGCGGCCCAAGCUCCACAUGAAAAUUCGAACGCUGGAGAAGCAUCUCCGCGAUUCGUGGCUGCAAUACUCCGUGUGCAAGUUUUUGACAAACAAUCGCACUUCCAUCAAUUGCUUUGUCGGCAAGAAUGGCAUGGAACCCUGGUGCCGUGGACUCGAAGACCAGGUGCUUCACCAAUUUCAGCGUCGCUGGCUCCUGCAACACCAGUGUUCCAAGUGCGAACGAGGCAUUCUAGGCGUGGACGGCAAUGCCAAAGUUCGUACCAAACUGUGCGCCAACACGGAUGCGGGCGUAUGGGAUUGCAGGCCUCUGAACGCCCAUUGCCUGACUGGAUGCCAGAGUGCUCCCAUUCCUGGUCGAAAAUAUUGCGCCGUGCACCUCCGAGAUGCUGACCCGAUUUUUGGUUGCGAUCUCAUUUUGCAAAUGAUCCUUUCCUUCCUCGCAACGACAGCAACCCUGCUUUCUCGCACCGAAGCUGGUCGCCACAAGUCGCCAGAUAUUGUCGCGCUUUUCCCGCUUUGUCGACGAACGCGGAAAGCGUUGAGUUUUGCUGUGAGCCACGCUAAGCUUCAAUAUCCAGUUUCGCUUCUUUCUGUCAAACGUAUUCCGCGUUCGCGGCGGUAUGCUUUCCAAACCAAGACAGGCCAAGCCUUUUUGCUAUCAAGCGCCUUGGUUCCCACGCACUACCAACAGCAAUAUGGUCAAUCCUUGUUGGAGCCCGUUUCACGAGAGUGCCAAUCAAAGCCACGCGUCGGACAUCAAGUCCAGUUCUCUGCGUCCGAGAAAAAUGACGCGUGUCGCCGGCAAUGGGAAAAAUCUCGUGCAGCACGGCGCAGUGGGGGCGUUUUAGCCGCUGUCAAGGAAUGCCAAAUCAUCAGCGCCAUCAAGCUCGUGUACACCCACGAAUCCCCAACAGGGGUCUACUUUUUCUUGGCUGAGCUGUUUGAGUUUCUGUCUGCCGGCCGCAAUGUCAAUUUGAAGACUGCCAAGCGGAAGACUCGCCUGCGAACACUUCAGCAAACCAUGCCGCUGGUCUUUUACGAUUGCGCGUGCACGUUGCAGCGCUUCAUGGCUUCCAAGAAACACGCAUGCCUCGAGCUUCCCAACAUUAAUGACAGCGCAGCUGAACAAUCUUUUGCGUUUGUUCGCAAAAUUGCGGUGGCGGCGCGGCGCAUGACCCCAGUGCGUGGCCUUCUCUUCCUUGCGUCAUUGCUGCACGCUCGCAAUGUACAACUCGAACUCAUGGGGAUCAAAAAGGCAGAACUGGCAGCGGCCAAGAAGCGAAAAUUCAUGGCGCGCCGCAACUUCCAGGAUGCAGUGGAAACGCUGCCAUUUCGACGACCAGCUUCGCACCGGUCAACCGGGCAUUCCGCCGGUCAACCGGGCAACCGCCCCGGUCAGCCGGUCAACCGGGCAACCGCCCCGGUCAGCCGGUCAACCGGGCAACCGGGCAACCGGGCAACCGGGGACGGUGGAACAUUCAAGGAGAUUGGCAACGCUUUCCAAGUCAAGGGAGAGUUGGCGAACGUAAUGACCUUAACUUGGCUAUGCCCUCCUUGCUGGCUUGUCAUGCUUCACGUAACCUAA